GUAUUGAUCCAAUGUUAUUUUCUCAGAGGCUUCAUCAACAGAUGUUGUAAAUUAUCCUGUAAAAUAAACAGUUAAAUUCCUCGUAAAGUUUUCACCAGGGAACUGUAACAGGCCUUAACUGAAUUCAGUGCAAGUGAUAUUUCACCGCAAAAAGACUGUUAAAUUUCUCCAUAACCAACAAAAAAAGUAAAAAUGAGCAAAAUGCAAAUUAUCAUUGAUUCAGUCAUAAAUUGGUUUCAAAUUUCACUUAUGAAAGAUUACUUUAAAUUAGCUCGAGAGAAGAUCUAUGAUGCUAUAAAUGAUGGAUAUAAAAAACUUGGAGAUCUUAGCUCAAGUUUAUUGCAAAUAUCUCAUAAAUACAGAAAGAAACUUGGAGAGAGAAUCUCAUCUGAUAAUCGCAGUUUAAUCAGGAAGAGUGACAACUACUACAGAGAAAAACAAACUUUAAAGGUUCUUCAUACGACAAUUAGUGAAUACUGGAGAGAUGUCCUUUUCAAUCAUUGGUUUAUAUUAACGCAAUGUCUCAUUUUGGCAGUUGUCAUUAUUGUAACAUCUCCUUGGAUAGGUUCCGAUUAAACACCUGUGGCUUCUUGUCACUUUUCUCAAGUGGAAAGGACCACCAAAACUGUAAGGAAAGAUCAGGAAUUCUGAGACGAAAGCGAGUGUAUAGAAGAUUUUAUUAACAUUCUUAUUUUUCAAGAAUUAAAACUUCAUAUAUUUUUGUAUGGAAAAAUUGACCUUU